AUGUUCCCUCGCUCGGGUUCACAUGUUGUGUCCGAGCUACCUGCAGGUUCGGCUUCGGCGCUGCCGCCAUGCGGACGGCGCGCCGCCACUGCAGCCGCGCGCUCGCGCUUCUCGCGAGAGACUGCUCCGCGGCCGCACGGAAAGGAGUGCACGGCUUUAGUGCGGAGUGGCCCCAGCGAACAAGACCCGCACCCUGCAGCAGCCACCGCCGCCGAAGCAGCAGUAGCAGUAGCAGUAGCAGCAGGCUGUCAGGAGGAGGAGAAGGCAUGUUUGCUGCCCCUGCCUCAGCCGGACGCAUGCCGAGGGACGCGCACCGCCAUGCUGUGGCUGGACCCAGAGGAUCAAGUGCUGGCAGCUGACCGCGACGCGAAGUCACCGUUGCCUCCAUUGACGCUGCCGUUGCCCUGUCGCCCUGCAGAAGGCGCCUAUGACAGCGAAGAGGACCCCGAUGGCGACAAUGAUGACGUUAGCGACUCGAGCAGCCUUGCCGGCGCUGGCAACGCCGCGACUGACGGCGGUUCCGGUUCCGGAGCAGCGGCAGCGGCAGCAGCGCAUAGCAGCGGCCCGGGGGGCAGCAGCGACCUUCGCAUGGACACGUGCGGGUCCGCACCUGUGGCACCACCGUCAGCAGGUACGGAGCCGGCCCCGCCCUCCGUCGGACCCUCCGACAUGGCGACUGCGCAGCAGUGCUCCGAACGCGCCACCACGCCGGCGGCAGCUGGUUUGAGCUCCGCCGUCUCGACCUCCAUGGACGCCGGGGCGGGAGACGGCGACGGCGGCGGCGGCAGCAGCAACAUCAGUCAACGCCACCCGACUUCGGACUGUCCAGCGGCCGCCACCGCCGAGGCGACGUUCCAGAUCAGCGACGAAGCGGGGUGCGCCGGGUCAGGCAGUAGCACCGCUGCCGGUGGGGAACGGGGGGACAGAGGAGGGGGCAGCAGCAGCAGCGCCUGUGUCCUAACCACACGUGGUCCCGGGGAUGUCGGAUUGGAGGGCGGCGGUGCUGGAGGCAGGGCUGGUACUGGUGACCCAACGGGGCCAUGCAGCUGCGAAGAGGAGCAGGACCAGCUUAUGACUCCAAUAAAACGGCGCUGUGUGGAAGGUGGGCACGCCGCUGCUUCGCCAUCCGCACCUGCGGCCCAGGAGGCGUCCACCACGUGUUGUUGUCGCUACUCGCGCCGCAAGCUGCCGCCCGGGGGCCGCUGCGGGCCUCUGUGGGAGGUAGUACAGCUGCCUGAGGCGACGCCGGCAGACCUGGAGGCACCGCGACCCUGCCCCCGCCUGACUGGAGAGCCGCCGACGCCGGCGCCCAUCACUGUAUGCCUGGUCCUGGUGCCGCCGACGCCGUUGCACCAUCCAAUGCUGCUCAUGCCCUGCGCGCGUCCACCAGUCACCAUGCGCAGCAUCUCUGCUCCUUCCUCGCGAUCCUUGGGGAGCAGCGGCAGCGCCGGCGAUGUUGCCGCCAACCCCGCAGGCGCUGUCAUGCCGCUGCAAAUCUUGCACGGCGACAUCAGCAGCAGCACCUUUGCCACGGCUGUCCUCGAAACAGAUGCACCACCACUUGCCGUACAUGCCGUACUUAAUGCACGGGCGCCAUGUUCGUGGUACGGCGGCACUCCCCUACUAUCUCUAGUGCUGCUAUUAUUACUGCUUCCGCUGCUGGAGGAAGAGCAGCUGUCGUUCAACAAGGCCCCGAGGCCGAUACUUCCGCAGGCGCCGCCUCCCCCGCCGCCGCCACUCCUAUGGGAGGAUGACACGCACACCGGCAGCAGAAUCAACCCAAACUCGAGCACAGGGAAAUCCGUGCAGACGUUCCCGGACACGGGUUCCUUAACCAUCCAGCUGAAGCCCUCCACAGCUCUCUCCAUGACCUGGCCCAAGCAGCAACCGCAGCAACAUGGCCAGCAGCCUAGCACAUGUCAUGGUCACGAUGUGCGGUCGCAGGUGUUUCUGCCGGGCAGCUCCCCGGCCGGUGGCCCCCACUUCUCAGGCUUUAAGGUGCAGUCUCGCAGCGCCCGCAGUCACUACUGGAAUUUGGUGGCUUGA